AUGGAUUAUGCUUGUGAUAUGAGGGAGACAUAUAAUGUUGAGGAGGCAGAAGUGACCAGCCGAGCAGGGAUUGCGGUUGAGGCUAGAGGGGUGGUUGUCGAAGGAAUGAUCGAGAAGAUGGUUGAGGAGAGAGAUGCAGAGGGAGGAGGGGAGGCUUCUGCAGCUAACAGGAGGAUCGUGAGAGCUUAUGUUGCCACUCUAGAGGACAUCCAUCAUACUUCAUAG